AUGAGAUAUUAGGAAUAAAUUUUAUUUUUUAUAAGUGCUUGCACAUUAAUCUAUUUCGCAUAUGAAAAUGAUUAUGAUAAUAUAAAAAAUAGAUAUAGAGGAGUAUUAGGAUCCAUAAUAUUUAUAUGCAUGAUGGGUUCACUAAAAUCAUAUGAUGGUCCUAUUAAACGUUUUUAAGGAUAUUGGAGAUUUAUGUUUUGGUUAGGAGUAUGUUAUAAUGCUUUUCUAAUAUUUUUGAUAUUCUAAAAUGAAAAGGAAGCAAGAUAAUUAAUGAAACUUGGUGAUGAAAGCUUAGGAAGAUCGGUAACAAAAGAUAUGCACACUUAUGAUGAUAAUUGUGAAUUUGAAUUAGUUAACAUAGUAGAUAAUUUAGAUCAUUAUUUUUUAUUACAUUGUUUAAAUUGGUUUUUAUUGGCAUUUUUACUAAGAGAUGCAUGGCUAUUAAAUUUCUGGUAAAUAUUUGAUGAGAUAAUUGAAUUGUCUUGGCAACAUAUAUUACCUCAUUUUAGAGAAUGUUGGUGGGAUCAUGUUUUAUUAGAUGUAUUAAUUGGUAAUACUUUAUUUGUGUUUUUGGGAUUAUGGGUUAGUAAGAAAUUAGGAAUUGAAUAAUUUGAUUGGUUAGGUAGAAAGAAUAAAUCAUUUACUUAAUGGUUGGUUUGGCAUGAUUAUAAGUAUUUUGGAGCAGCAUUUGGUACAUGGUUAGCAGUGACAAUAAAUUUCUUGACUGGAUUUUUCUUAAUGAAUUAAUUAUGGGUACCACCAAAAUGUUGGAUGGUAUCAUAUAGAUUAUUUGUUUGGUUUGGAAUGGGAGUAUUAAGUUGGUAAGAAUAAUGGAAUGAUUUGAAAGGUAAUAAAGAUUAAUCAGGUUAAUGUAGAUAUUUAGUUGUUUGGACUCUUUUUGCAGAAACAUUUAUAAGUAUAAAAUUUUUGAAGGAUGCUGGAAAUAUUUAAUAUGUAGAUACACCAUAUUAUAUAUCUAUUCCAUGGAUAGGGACUAUAAUAAUAAGUUUAUUAGUAUAUAUAGUAAUGAGAAUGAAGAACAAGAGAGUAUAAUAAGUAAAAGUAAAAUGAGU